GAGUUCUCACUUACGGCAACGGGUUUCCUCCAGAAACUGGAGUUCGAAAGCAAAAUGUGUUGGCUACUCGCAAGCGGACCCAAAGUUUCGGGAAACUGUUUGAAUACGAUUGCUAUGACACGAAGAGAAGCAGCUAUGUCUGGUUCAAAGUCUUCUAUAUCUGAACAAAUCUUCUCACAAGAGCUUGUAUUUCCUGACUUUGAGCGGCGAACACUCUCUGACGUUGUUUAGUAGCAAAUUGCUACAGCCGUUGCAAUUCAGAACCCAUAAUUGCAGACGUGAACUUUCAUUUACGAUUAGUGUUCAAAUUCUUCGUAAAUUGGAACUGCUUUCGUAGAGUAUACCGUUUUCUUUCUCAUGGGAACAGAUGGGGGUAUUCGGAGUUUAUGGGAUGAGGACAACGCAAUGAUAGAGGCUUUUAUGGGAUCUGCGGUUUAUAGUAUGCCUUGCAAUACUCAAGUAGAAUUACCAGGAGCGGAAAGACCUGCGUAUAGUGAAACAGCCCUCCAGCAGAAACUCCAACUCCUUGUUGAAUCGUCCACCGUCAAUUGGACGUAUGCAAUCUUCUGGCAACUCUCAAACUCCUCUAGCGGAGAAAUGAUGUUAGGAUGGGGUGAUGGAUAUUUCAAAGUCCCGAAGGAAAGUGAGGUGAAUGACCUGAAGCACUUAGAGAGAGGUGACAGAGAAGAGGAUCAGCAGCUCAGGCGGAAAGUUCUUCGUGAGCUGCAAGCCCUCGUUUGCAGUACGGAAGAUGAUGCUGCAGCAUCUGCGGGGCUUGAUUAUGUAACGGAUACAGAGUGGUUCUACCUUGUCUCGAUGUCAUGUUUCUUUGGUCAUGGUGUUGGGACACCAGGACAAGCACUGGCGAGCAGGAACUAUGUGUGGCUUAUGGAAGCGAACAAGGCUCCUAGUCACAUCUGCACGCGAGCUGAUCUCGCCAAGAUGGCUGGAAUACAGACACUCCUCUGUGUGCCGUCAAGAAGCGGAGUUGUUGAGCUUGGUUCCACUGACUUGAUUGCAGAGAACUUAGACAUCAUUGAAAAUGUGAAGAUGGUGUUCUGUGACAUGGGUGAAAGCAAUUGCAACUCCCAGGCAAUUAUACUGAAUGAAGACUCGGCCUUUCUCCCCUGCCCUGCGAGUCCUUCAUUGGGUAGCAUACAUGGGUCCACGAGGCACCUGUUACUAGACAGAGGGCCAGACGCUAGUUCGUCAUUCAGGCCCAUUCACCUGGACAAGAUGAAUUCAUCAGUUUGUACGAAUGUGGAUUCAUUCGAUUAUCUCUUUUCCGAGGAUUUUGCUUUUGGUGAUGUUUCAAUUGAUAAUGAGAAGGAGCUUCAAAGUGCCAGUACUUUUACCGGGUCUUACCGAGGCAAAGUAUCCUGUCAAGAGGAUAAAAUUUCGUCAGUUGGAAUUGCUAAGAAGUCGCUACCUGCAGGGCAAGCGCAGAACCUUACUCGUGGCAUGGAGACCGGAGAAAUCUUGAAUCCUCCAGAACUCAGACAGGGUAGAGACAUUUUGCAAGUGAAUGACGUCGCAAGUACUCGUAUAAAAGAAGAAGGGACCAUCAAGACUUCGAAGCACAAGCUCUCCUCAUCUCUGAAAUCUCAACAUCCAGAAGGGAUUGGCACACUUGGUAGCGCUUACGUUCGCUCCAGUAUUGAAUCUGAACAGGAUAUUGAUUCAGAGGCAGAAGUCUCAUAUAAGGAAGUCGAAUGUAGUUUCACUGUGGGACAGAAGCCUCCGAGAAAGCGUGGAAGGAAGCCUGCCAACGAUAGGGAGGAACCAUUGAAUCAUGUUCAGGCUGAGCGUCAAAGACGAGAGAAACUCAAUCAACGUUUUUACGCCCUGCGGUCUGUUGUACCAAAUGUCUCAAAGAUGGAUAAAGCAUCCCUACUUGGUGAUGCUAUCGCGCACAUUCAAGAACUCCAUUCCAAGGUUCAAGAGAUGGAGUUUCAGAUCAAAGGACUCGAGGCACAAGCGAAACUAUUAAUGGAGAAGUCCGCUGACCCGGAAAGUUCGAGGCAGUGUUUUAACAAUGGCUCCAGGGAGUAUUUACAUCCAUCAACAGUUCUUACUGGAACCUCAGCUUCUUCUGCAUCAAGAAUAUCUAUGGAUGUUAAGCCAACCAUCGCCGUGCAUACGUUGGGGCACGAGGCUAUGAUUCGUCUACAUUGUAUGAAAGAGUCGUACGCGCUAGCGAACUUGAUGUUUACCUUGGAAGAACUGAAGUUGGAGGUUCAGCAUGCUAAUCUCUCAAUUCUUGAAGACUCGAUGGUCCACAUUAUCCUUGUAAAAAUGAAGAAUGACAUAUUACCUACUGAGGGGCAGCUGAUAAGUGCGAUUGAGAAGUCCUACAGCCUUACCAAUUUUUCUUCCGUGAGAACACAUCAAGACCCAUAUCUUGCAGAAGGAAAGGCUGAAAACAACAAGUGUGACAUCCAUUGAAGAUUACUGUUUCGCAAUAAUGAAGUGGCCGGUGCUAUGUCGGCCAUGUAGUAUUAUAUACACUACGAAAUUAUGUAUAGAUGUUGUACAAUCUCAACCGGUUCCUUAUAAUUGAAACACGCAGGAAGUUAAGCCACGAAUUCUGAUGAAUCAUUUUUGUUCCAGACU